UGUGAAUAAUUAUAGUUUUAGUGUCGCAAUAAUAAAAAAAAAUAUUUAUUGUAAUUUUUCAUAUGUAAAGUGGCUGUAGCAAUCUUUAUACUGUAUCCCCUUUAAUUAACGUCGUAGUAAUGGAGGAAAGAUGGACGGCUUGACGUUUGGCUUGCACAGACUAGUCCACUUAGAUCUUAAGGGUGCUCCGCCACGAGUUUGUUACUUCGAGAAGUUGUUUCCUCUUCUGAGAACAUGGGGUGCCACUGGUCUCCUCCUAGAAUGGGAAGACACAUUUCCAUACAAUCGAGAACUUUCUCAUAUAGGGAGCAAUGGAUUAAGCAAUUUGACCAGUGGAUACACAGCUCAGGAGGCUAGACAUAUCUUACAGUUAGCAGGAGACUGUGGUUUAGCAAUUGUUCCUUUGGUCCAAACAUUCGGACAUAUGGAGUUUGUAUUAAAACAUAAUGAGUGGAAAUCAUUGAGAGAAGUAGAGCAUUUUCCAAGCUCAAUUUGUCCCUCUAAUCCCAGGACAUUGCCUUUGGUAAAGUCCUUGAUACGGCAAAUAGUUAGUUUUCAUCCAGACAUACAAUAUUUGCAUAUAGGUGCAGAUGAAGUCUGGCAUUUAGGUCUAUGCUCUGUUUGUACAAAACGUGCUGCUUCUAGCAAGUAUGGAAAGCAGUCUCUAUACCUGGAACACAUCUUGGCUAUUGCACAAUAUGUACAAGAAACAUAUCCCUACUUAAAGAUUAUCAUAUGGGAUGAUAUGUUAAGAUCUAUAGAUUUACAAAUAUUGAAUGAUCAUUAUAUUGGAAAAUAUGUAGAACCUAUGAUUUGGCACUACAAUCCUAGAGAUAAUUUUGCUAUACCUCAUGGACUAUGGGAUAAGUAUACCGCAGUCUUUCCCCGUAUUUGGGCGGCUACUGCAUUUAAAGGUGCUACUGGAUCUUCACAACAUGUACCAGUUGUAAGGCAUCAUGUCAGUAAUCAUGAAAAAUGGUUAGAAGAAUUAAGUGUACAUGUGACUAAAGUUCACGAAUUUCGAGGAACAGCUUUUACUGGUUGGUCAAGGUAUGACCAUUACGCGACACUAUGCGAAUUAUUACCUACGUCAAUACCGUCACUAGCGUUAUGCUUGAAAGUCUGGCUCCAUGGUUAUUCUGAACAAAUACACAAUCAAGUGGCCAAGAGUUUAGGGUAUAUAGAUCAUCCACUUCAUAUAACACCACAACCAAGACCAGCACCGAUCCCCAGCAAUUUACUCUUUCCUGGUUGGCAGGUUGCAGUGGGUGUAGAGUGGUUUUUAAAUUUUAGAGCUAAAUAUCAUAAUAUUACUGCUAGUGAACAAAUAUCAACAUGGAUGAAUCCAUGGCAAGUCACGAAUAAUUACACAAAUCCGAUGCAGUUAGAGAAUUUAGUACCUGCUUUCACAGAGUUACUAUUGGAAUUAUCUUCUUUGGAAGGAUAUUUGCGAUUUCAAAUGGAAAGUAUUUUCUUUCCAACAAUGAUUGACGAAUGGAUAGGUACAAACAUACAACCCAUGAAAGGGAAACUUGUAGAAUUGAAACAGACGGCAGAAAAUCAAAUUAAAUUGAAUAGUCGAGUUUAAUGUUUUAAUAAGUAUUUUGCAGACUUUCUGCUUUAGAUCUCAAUGACCAACUUCAACAAAAGUAACGAAUACAAAACGAUAGGCUGAUAAACAAAGUACGAAACAAAUUUAGCGUAUUGUACAAUUUUAUCUUAUAAGUAGAUGCAGUGAAAAGAUCGAUUUAAAAAAAUAAUGUUAUAUGAUACGCACGGGAUAUAAUUUUAUAAAAGAAAGGAGGAUUAUUUUAUUACUUAGCUUAAGAGUGAACGAAUGAACUUAUGACUAUUUCCUAGUCACCUGAUCUUUGUCAUGUUGCGAGCUGUCCUGUGAUACUGGCUAUGAAAGGAUCAUUAUAACGUAAUUGAGCUCAAUAAUCACACUUCUUGACUAUUGUGCUUAUCGUAUUUGCUUCUAUCUACGUUAAUCGUGCACAUAGUAUGUGCAAAUAUUUUUUGUACUCCUUUCACAAACACCUUUUCGAAAAAUUUGAGAAAAUCAUACUAAAUAGCUGUAUAAAGAUUUUACGCAAUGUAUUUCAUGAAGUCUUUUUAUUAGUCAAUUUAUGAAGUAAUCUAAUAAUUGUUUUCAAAGAGUACUAGUCGAAGAACCGUAUUAUACUAUCUGUAAAUGUAGUCAAAGUUAAAGUAGGUGAAACGUAUCCGAAAAUUGUA